UACUCUAGCAGAGAGGAGAAAUAAGCCAGUGUAAGUUGUUGCAAAAUAAUCAAAAAGUGCCAUUUUCUUCUCCUGAUUUCUUCCCACAACCUCUGUAAAUAUUCUGAGACUGUGUUUAUAUGAAGAUGCAGUUUCAGAGACCUCAGUGGAACAACAGAUGCCUAAACCACAGUGCUGGGGAGGAAAGAAAAAGUGGCCAUCUAAGCAUAUUUACUUUCAGUGACAAGGAAGUUCUAACUUGUCCCUAAGUGGUGACUCAUCGGGGCAGGGCUAUAAAUGUAAAGGUAACUGCUCUCUAACACAUCAGGGCUUCAGACUUCACAAAUCCAACAUAAUGCAGUCAAGACUUUCAGCUGUCUUCUUCUUCUUGCUGGGUUUGUCAUUUUGUCUGACAGUGCCUGUUCCUCUUGAUGAUAGCCAUGAAUUCACGGAGGAAGACCUCCAGUUUGCAGAGCGCUAUCUCAGGACUCACUAUGAUCUCCGUCCAAAUCCCACUGGCAUUAUGAAGAAGAGUGCCAACACAAUGGCCUCUAAACUUCGAGAAAUGCAAGCUUUUUUUGGUUUAGAGGUGACAGGAAAAUUAGAUGAAGAAACAUAUGAAGUCAUGCAGAAACCAAGAUGUGGUGUCCCAGAUGUGGGGGAAUAUAACUUUUUCCCUCGAAAACUCAAAUGGUCAAAAACUAAUUUAACAUACAGAAUUAUGAAUUACACUUCAGAUCUGAGACGUGCUGAAGUAGAGAGAGCUUUCAAAAAAGCAUUCAAGGUUUGGUCUGAUGUGACACCCCUUAACUUCACCAGAAUACGAAGUGGCACAGCUGAUAUCAUGAUCUCCUUUGGCACUAAAGAACAUGGUGACUUUUACCCCUUCGAUGGACCCUCUGGAUUACUGGCUCAUGCCUUUCCUCCUGGUCCAGACUAUGGAGGAGAUGCCCAUUUUGAUGAUGAUGAAACUUGGUCAGAUGACUCUAGAGGGUAUAACUUGUUUCUUGUUGCUGCUCAUGAAUUUGGCCAUUCGCUGGGACUUGAACACUCAAGAGACCCUGGAGCACUGAUGUUCCCAAUUUACACAUAUACUGGAAAAUCUGGUUUUGUGCUUCCUGAUGAUGAUGUGCAAGGGAUCCAAGAGCUCUAUGGUGCUGGAGACAGAGAUCCCAACCCAAAACAUCCCAAAACACCAGAAAAAUGUGCUGCAGAUUUAUCAAUUGAUGCCAUAACGAAACUUCGUGGAGAAAUGCUGGUCUUCAAGGACAGGUUUUUCUGGCGACUGCAUCCUCAGAUGGUUGAAGCAGAACUUGUUUUAAUUAAAUCCUUUUGGCCAGAGCUUCCAAACAAAAUAGAUGCAGCUUAUGAAAAUCCCAUUAAAGAUCUUGUCUUCAUGUUUAAAGGAAAGAAAGUUUGGGCUAUGAAUGGCUAUGACAUAGUUGAAGGCUUUCCUAAAAAGAUAUAUGAAAUGGGAUUCCCAAAAGAAAUGAAAAGAAUAGAUGCAGUGGUCCAUAUUGAUGACACUGGCAAGACUCUCUUUUUCACAGGAAAUAAGUACUGGAGCUAUGAUGAAGAUACAGAGGUUAUGGAUACAGGCUACCCCAGGUUCAUAGAAGAUGAAUUCGCAGGAAUUGGUGAUAGAGUGGAUGCAGUCUACCAAAGAAAUGGUUACCUCUACUUCUUCAAUGGACCACUGCAGUUUGAAUACAGCAUCUGGAGCAAAAGAAUUGUCCGCAUCCUGCAUACUAACUCCUUAUUUUGGUGCUAACUACAGAUGAGUACCAUGUUACAAGCUGCAGAGCAGCUUCUAGUACAUGGAAAUAAUAAUAUGGGCAUACAAAUUUAUUAGAGGAAAGCAGAGUUCUGUGAACAAGCACUGGCAACCUACAACCAAAUUUAUACUUGUAUACUGUAUAUAUGGAACUAUACAGCUGUAUGUCAGUCUGGAACUGCAUUAAAUUAAUUGGAAAGCAGAAAGGAAAUGGUAAGCAUUUCAAGGGGCAUUACACUAUUCAAAGUUUGUCUAGCAUUAAAGUGAGGUGAUGGAUACAUUCUGCGUGAUCAUAAGCAUGACUAAGUCCCAGCAAUCUGUGCAUAUCUAGCAUCUUUUUAGAACUGUGUAGUAUUUCUGAAGAAAUAGAGCUGAUACUCUCUGGAGUGUUUUAUUUUAAAACUAAUCCUUCAGUUCUUUGCAAAAUUAUUUCUAAAGUACUGGGGAUUCAGACCUGUAAGGAACAAGUCAGGACUGCAUGGUGAUGCCCUGAGCAGGAUAACACUGGGCUGCAACACUGAAGUUAUGGAAUAACUCAAAGUUAUUUGAAUGUAUCCCCCCCAUCUGAAUGGGAACGUCUUCCUAGAGAGAGAUGUCCAUGUCAUAUGUGGAAGAAGCUGAAUGCGUAGAGGCAGCGAGGCAGCAUCUCAAAGCAGACAGAAAAGCUGGAAAAAGGAAUAGUAUUCUCUGCAGAAAUCAUCAGUUUGUAUGACAGUGGGGAAGCCAGAAAGCAGCAAUACCAAGGGAAUCACACAGGUUAAAACCUUUCGUGAACCUGCGUCUGGCAAUUUUGUUUUGUUUUCAAUCACUGAAAAUGAUGUGGGACUGUGAUUAUUUCUCAGUUUAAAAAAGUAGUAUUAAAUAAACUGGAGGAAUGAAA